AUGAGGGAGGGCAGGGCCGACACUAACACGGAGCCCGCAAGCGCCGUUGCCAUCAGUUACUGCCAUGGCGCCAGUCUGAGCGCUGGUGGCUUCUUGCCCAGGCACAGGGCCAAGCACGCCAGGAACCGUCAGUCACCACAGGUUCCACCCCGCCGCACGGAGGACGGGACCGUUAGCGGAUCCAUCCAAUGCCUCCCCCGCCAUCUCCAGCGGCGAAACACGGGUAACCUUAGCUGCAAAAUGGGCCUAACCGGCACCAAGGUGCUGAGCCCAGCCAUUGCCGGGUCAGCGUUGUAG